GCAGGGGUUUUCCUAGUACGAUACAGUCUACUUGAGAAAUCCCAAUACUCCACCUGUCACUUCCAGUUUCCACUUGCGUAAAGGGCAGUCAAGUAGACUUUGCUAUCUCCUCCAUCUUUGGAACUUGGGGAGCGCUAGCUACUCGUCAACCAACCACCCAAAAUGGCAAUGGCUUCCGUUGAGGAGAUCAGAAAGGCCCAAAGAGCCCAGGGUCCAGCCACCGUCCUCGCCAUUGGAACCGCCACUCCUCCCAACUGCGUUUCCCAGGCUGACUAUCCUGACUACUACUUCCGUAUCACCAACAGCGAACACUUGACCGAGCUCAAAGAGAAAUUCAAGCGCAUGUGUGACAAAUCAAUGAUCAAGAAACGUUACAUGUACCUGACUGAGGAAAUCCUCAAGGAAAACCCAAACAUGUGCGCCUACAUGGCUUCAUCUCUUGACGCCCGCCAAGACAUGGUUGUGGUGGAGGUGCCAAAGCUGGGGAAAGAAGCCGCAACAAAGGCCAUCAAGGAAUGGGGACAGCCAAAAUCUAAGAUCACCCACCUUGUUUUCUGCACUACAUCUGGUGUAGAUAUGCCUGGUGCAGACUACCAACUUACCAAGCUCUUGGGGCUGAGACCCUCUGUUAAGAGGCUCAUGAUGUAUCAGCAAGGCUGCUUUGCUGGUGGAACCGUGCUCCGAGUCGCCAAGGACUUGGCUGAAAACAACAAGGGCGCUCGUGUUCUCGUGGUCUGCUCCGAGAUCACUGCUGUCACUUUCCGUGGACCCUCUGAUACGCACUUGGACUCCCUGGUGGGGCAAGCACUUUUCGGCGAUGGCGCUGCGGCCAUCAUCGUAGGCGCCGACCCUGAUACCAAAAUCGAACGGCCACUGUUCGAGCUUGUAUCAGCAGCUCAGACAAUCUUGCCAGACUCAGAUGGAGCCAUUGACGGACACUUACGUGAAGUCGGCCUCACUUUCCACUUGUUGAAAGAUGUACCCGGAUUAAUCUCAAAAGAACAUAGAGAAAGCUUGGUCGAAGCAUUGUCUCCAAUUGGCAUUAACGACUGGAACUCAAUCUUCUGGAUCGCUCACCCUGGUGGCCCUGCAAUUCUGGACCAAGUCGAGGCCAAACUGGGUCUCAAAGAAGAGAAACUCAAGGCGACCCGCCAUGUGCUGAGUGAGUUCGGCAACAUGUCAAGUGCAUGUGUGUUGUUCAUCUUGGAUGAGAUGAGAAAGCAGUCUCUGGAGCAAGGGAAGCCCACCACCGGUGAAGGCUUGGAGUGGGGUGUCCUUUUCGGAUUCGGGCCAGGUCUCACUGUGGAAACCGUUGUGCUACACAGCAUCCCCACGGUGGCAACUCACUAACCAGUCAACGGAAGAUCGGAUAAAAAAAAAAAAAAAACAAAGUGAGGUCCUUGUUUGGCUUCGGGGAAAAAAAAAUUCAAAAUAUAAAUUUCGCAAAUAUUGGUGUGGUUAAAGACUUUAAUUAAAAAAAAAAGAAAAAAAAAGUUGUAUUAAUAAUGAUAUGAAUGUGAUCAUCUAUGUAUUCCCCUUCAUUUGUACUUUAUUAUUUGAAAUUUGAGUGAAAUGCAUUUCCUGUUAGGUGCAAAGAAAAA